CAGGCUUCUGCAGGGGCAGCUAAGAAGGACCCACAGCUCAUGUGUCGAACACAGAUAGAAUCCCUCCAGUUGCUUUCAGUGUCUGCCACAGCAGAUUUGCCUCUGUGCAACCAGGGAGCUGAACCUGAACCUCCUCUGUGCAUGACAACACUCUGCAAACAUGGCUGGUAAGAUCCAGAGUCUGACUGAAGAGGAGAGGACCCACCUACUGCCCCUGCUGCGCAAUGCUCAGUGGGUGGAGGUUGUGGAGGGGCGGGACGCCAUCUACAAAGAGUUUGUGUUCAAAGACUUCAAUCAGGCGUUUGGCUUCAUGUCCAGAGUGGCUCUACAGGCAGAGAAGAUGGAUCAUCAUCCUGAGUGGUUCAAUGUCUAUAACAAGGUCCAGAUCACUCUGAGCACCCAUGACUGUGGAGGCCUGUCCCAGCGUGACAUCACAAUGGCCACCUUCAUCGACCAAGCGUCUCUGAUGUGACCGACAUACUUUCAGUCAUUUUAAGAGUCAAAACUGAAGAGGAGGAAGUCACCUGCAACACCCAAAGAAUACGAGGCAGUUACUUUCUCUUCAUUGUGAGCAACGUAGCCGUCUGUAAAAGGGUCCAAUGUGUUUUUGAAAAUACGCUGCUGUUGUUGUUGCACAUGGUGAAAAAAAGAUUAUUGGCCAAAGACAAUAGUACAAUUAUGUUUACAGAAUCAAGUCUAAAAGUUCCAAGUAAUUUCUCAACUGCAAUUCCAGUUGUACUUAUAACUAACAUUCACAAUGGUGUAUGUGUCCCUUUGUCAUUUGUCUUUUGUGCAUAGUUUUUGUACUUGAAUGGCAGUAAAAUCAUUUUCUGUCUUCUUGUUGCUAAGAAAUGAGCAGAAAAUCAUCUUUUCAGACUGAAUGAAUUUUACUGGAAACUCAA